GCCUUCGUUUGAAGGGACGCUGCUCUUUAAUUUGUCCAAGUGAGGUUGCCGUAUUGCUUCUUUACAGCUUUACUUCCGUGUACCAACCAAAUCCACUUCACGAAAUAAUUUUCCCGAAUGAGUACUCAACGUACUUAAGCCUCGACACAUGACGUUCCAUCAGUACAGCAGCCUUUAUUAAAUAUUCGUGUCCGGAUAAACACGCGUCGGUGUACGUUAAAGCGAAUUCUCCUCUUUACCUUAGCUUAGCCUGCUAGUCACUCACAAAAAGACGCGUUUGUUCGUGACACGUUGAGAUGCAGAAAUCAAGUGUGAAUAUCAAGUGAUUGUGAUGGUCGUCUGAAAAUGUGUGCAAAAAGUGUCAAAGAGGAAUACGGGGAGGAACUUUCUGAAACAAAAGACGAGAACAAGCCACAACGGCAACUACUUGACGCUGGUUUCAACAAGCCUCAGAAUGACUCACACAGGGCAGUUGUCAGUGAAGAUUUUCAUCCUGAACCAGUGCGCCCUCACAUUAAAGAGGAAGAGGAGGAGGCUGAUGUCAGCAAGUUGCCAUUCACUUGUGUCAUUGUGAAGAUUGAAGGUGAUGAUGAUGAUGAAGAGGAAGGUGAUGGAGACCAAUGUGCAGGAUCACAAGCAGACAGCCUCUUAGCUCCUGUAACAGACAGUGACAACAAAAUGUCUGACUCUGAUGACGAUGAACACUCAAAAGCUGAUAUGACACGUCAAACUGAUGACAAACAGUGGGAAUGUUCUCUGUGUGACAAAUCCUUCUCUGCGAAAAAAAAUCUGAGAAGACACAUGAUGCUCCACACUGGCGAGAAACCUUUCAGCUGUUCAGAUUGUGGUAAAAGAUUUGCGAGUAAGGCACACUUGAGUAGACAUGCAAGAACACACACUGGAGAGAAACCUUUUUCCUGCUCAGUGUGUGGUCUUCGAGUAAGUCAAAAGAUUAACUUAACAAAUCACAUGAAAACACACACCGAGGAGAAACCUUUUGCCUGUCCUUUUUGCGGUAAAGCAUUUGCUCGCAAAGCACAUUUGAACAGACACACAAGAAUACACACUGGAGAGAAAUCCUUUGACUGCUCAGUCUGCACCUUAAGUUUCAGUGAACGUUCAAGUUUGGCUAAACACAUGAGAGAACACACUGGAGUAAAAACAUUUUCCUGCUCGGUUUGUAGUAAAUGUUUCUCUCAGAGACGCGCUUUGACGAGACACAUAAGAAUACACACUGGAGAAAAAACAUUUUCCUGCUCGGUUUGUAGUAAAUGUUUCUCUCAGAGACGCGCUUUGACGAGACACAUAAGAAUGCACACUGGUGAGAAACCAUUUACUUGCAGCGUGUGUGAUAAAAGAUUCCCUCAAAAGUAUCAGGUUAAGAGACACAAGUGUGUUAUUGACAAAUACAGCAGUAAAUGAAUCUGCAGAACUUCGAUAAACUGUGUUGAAGUUUGAGUGGGUGUGAUCGAAUGGAGACGUGAUCAUGAAUAAAUUACAAUGGUGGGAAGUCAGGGCCAGGUCGGCUGUCUCUGAUGGCCUCAACACCAUCAGUGGCAUUGACUUACAUUUACAACUUUGGUGAAAAUAUGUUCAUUCCUUGACAACAGUAUAUUUUCUCCAUUCUCUAGUGAGUGUCUUUGGCUGCCCAGCUUCCAGUCGUGUGCAAUCAUUAUGAUCUGCCCACAGUCUGGUGGUAUUAAGAAGGGUGUGAGGUUACUUUAUUCCCCACUGAAGGCAUAGGUCUGAAAUGUGGGACCCGGUUGAAUUUAUGACAAAGUCUUUAAUCAAUGUUGAUUUCUUGUUCAUGAACAUUCUUGAUUGAGCUCCGCUAUUCAUGUACCUAUUGCACUGAUCAUUAAAGUUGUGAACAUCCUGAA